AGGUGGGAAGAAGUCAAGGCUGAUUUUGGGGGUGGGAUUCCACGCUCCUCCUGGGAGUUCAAGGUUUGGGGUAAGGUUGCCACUCUGUGCUUCGGACCUUUCCCCAGGCAUCAGCAUUUCUGGGGGCAUUGAGUCCAAGGUGCAGCCCAUGGUGAAGAUAGAGAAGAUCUUUCCAGGAGGCGCUGCUUGCCUCUGCGGGGCCCUUCAGGCUGGCUUUGAGCUGGUUGCAGUGGAUGGAGAAAGCCUAGAGCAGGUGACCCACCAACGAGCCGUGGACACCAUCCGCAGAGCAUAUAGGAACAAGGCUCGGGAGCCUAUGGAGCUUGUGGUCAGGGUCCCUGGGCCUGGGCUGCUGCCCUUAUCCUCUGCCCCAUUAGCCUUGAAGGACCAGAGCCUUCCUGCUGACAGUCCCUCUGCCCAUGGACCCCUGGACACCACCACAAUCCCUCCCCAGCUACCUCCCCCCGAGGCCAGGCAACUACAGCAGACUCUCAACCCAGCCCUUCAGGCUCCUCAGAGUACCCCCAAACUCUCCCCUCUUCUUAAGGAUCCCCAGGACCCUCCCCAUUGACCUUAGGGACUAUUUCUGCCCCCAGAUUUCCUGCACCCUCAGGCCAGCAUCCUCUGUUCUAUCUGCCUGUCUGCAGAGAGCAC